CAUGCGAGAGUGUACAUGCCGGUAUGGUGCUGGAGUUUCUAGUCAGGUUGGAGUAAUGCAGAAGAAACGUGCAAAUGAAGUGUCGGGGGAGUCCGACGUACCAGCGAAGAGGAGUAAAGUGGCGGACACGGAGUUUAAUGGCACUGUGUUUAAAUCCAUGUUAAAGGAGCCCACCAAAGCCUCGAAGGGUUUGGAAAGGUUCGUGUCAGUAGCUAAGAAGCUGCCGUGCGCAGACCUCUAUGAUGUUGUCGAAGGCUACAUCACCAUUUCAAUGGAGUGUGCUGACGUAUUUAAAUUGCUGGAGGGAGAAAAGCACUCGGAAAACGAACUGAUGCUGAUCUUCCAGAGCUUGGAGAUGAUUUUGCUGCGGACAGCCAGCGAUCUCUCCCACUUUAGUAUGGUGGGCACCACCAUCGUGAAGAAGAUCACCAGCAGCUACAUGAAGCUUCUCCAGUCAUCCCUGCACUCAGAAAACCACAGGUUUGUCCGCGUGUGCCUGUGCCUCCUGUCCUCUAUGGUGUCCCAGGGUGCGGAUAUGGCUAGAGAGGUCUUCAGCCACUUCUACUUCGGAAAGGACUUGUCCGGUCUUGCUCGGAGAAGGGACAAGAUGGGACGACCUGACGUUCGCAUGGCCUACAUCCAGUUUGCCCUUUCAUUCUUGAUUUCUGGUGACAGUUCUACCAUUUCUCAAGUUCUUGAUAUGAAAGAUUUUCUACCUGACAUUUUAAGCACCGGAUUGAAGGAAGACAGGAUAUCUGUAAUCAAUCUUAUUUUGUCUACAUUGCAGACUAAAGUUAUAUGGAAUAAGAGCAUAAGUAAAACGCAGAAAGUGCGUUUCUUUAGUCCUGUGGUUUUGGCUCACUUUGCAUCUCUGUACAAGUGGAAUGGGAUUGUAGAUGCAAGCUCAGAUGAAAGCAAGACAGUUGAGAAUCCAGAAGAAGAUGGGAAGAUGGUAGUGCGGGAGCUGGUUCAUAAGUUUCUGGUGGACUUGUGCUGCUCUCGAAAAUAUGGAAUCAGUUUUUACGAUCCCAGCUUUGGCACAGCAGGAAGGGCUGGAAACAUAGUCUUGCUGCAGUUCCUGGUGGGGUUGAAGCAGGCCACAGAGGACGAGCUUGUAGCCGACCUGGUGGUCAGUGUUCUUAAGGCCAAUCCUGACAUGCUGUCACGGUACUUCAAGGAGUCACAAUAUUCCUUUGCCCCGAGAGCCAAGAGUGUUUGGCAGGAGAACAUCACCCUUCUUAAGAAGAUCUACGAGGCUCAGCCGGAGGUGUCAAAAGCCUUCCGGACCUGCGAGUUCGUCCCACUGCCCCGUCUGCUUGCCAUGGUGAUGGUUACUUCACUACCGCCGGUUUGCAACAAAGCCUUCUUCACACAGGGCCUCAGUGUGGAUAACACUGUGGUGAAGCAUGCAACCCUCUCUCUGGUGUCCUUUAUCUUAAGGCGGGCACUGAAGAACAUAGAGCAUUGCCUGGACCAGUCUGUGUGGCGCAGCUCCGAGUUUUACACACCUGCCAUGAUGGAGGACCUUGUGCAGCUUUACAGGGAGGCUCUCAGUAAGAUCUUGCCAGAUGUGAACAGCAUUGUUUGGAACUGGCAGUCACUGAUGAAGAAGAAGGCAGAAGAUGAAGUUAAAAAAGGGAAGAAAGAAGGUGGAAAGGAGCAAUCUCCCACCCCUCAUGAGCAUGGUUCUGAUGAGCCAGAAGUUAUCCUUCUGAAAGCCCUCAUCCUCAAGGUACUCUGUCUGUACCAGAAGGUGGUCCCUCAUCUAAUCAGUCAGAGCCCCUUUGACUUCAGCAAGCUUCUGAAAGGGGUUGUAACAGACAGGGGAAUGACAGAGCAAGUCCCACCUGUCCUCCAGCAUCAGGUUCUGCAGCUGGCCUUGGAAUUACCUGCCAGCAAGUUCUCCUGGUUCAGAGUUCAGGAUGUCUCGGACACAGAAAAGGCCACCAGCGAGACGUCCGUUUUCUAUCUGCUGCUCAAGAUGUUUGUGAGCAGCGACAAGAGCCACCUGAAAAAUGCCACCAGGAUGCUGAUCCUCAAGGUACUGAAGGACAGCAGUGUAUUUGAGUACACCUGGCACGAGCUGGACUUGUGGUUGACCCAUUUGGACCAUAUUCCUUCUGCACAGCAGGAAACUGUUGUCCAUUUUCUGGAGAGAGUGCUGGUCAGGCUGAUGUCCAACCCAUACACAUACACAGACAAGGCAGCCAGCCUAGUGCAAGAUGCAGCCCACUUGCAGGCCAACCCGACUGGGCAGGAAGGAGAUGCUGCCAGUAUCCCCAUCUCACACAUUGAUGACGUCCUGGACAUGGUGGAUGUUAUCCUGGACAGCAGUGAAGGUGACAUGGAUCAGCUGGCACCAUCUGUUAGUGAUGACCUCAUCCUCCAAACCUUCCCCUUCAGCGCUUUGGUGCCUGCAGCACUGGAGGCUCGGAACAGCCUCCAAGCCACCAAUAAAGCAGAAAAGGGUGUGGUGGCUCAGUAUCUGGCAGCGGUGCUGUCUGAUGUGCUUCACUGUCAGAGAGACCCGCUCCCGCUCUGUCUGGCGCUUCAACACUAUGACAACGAGCUGCAGUCCUUGCAACCCACUGUAGCCCUUGACCCUGCAGUUGUGGACUUCCAUCGCUACUACUCCCAUUGGAUCCCCUUGCAGUCAAAGGAUGAGCUGUUCCUGAACUCUAAGUCCCUCUCUCCUGGUAAAACGGCCCCCGUUGUUACCUUCAGCAUGGUGAUGAAGGCUUUCUAUAACCAAGGGCCUACAGCUUGGGUCCAGGAUUCAUUCAGGCAACGCACAGAGGAGGCCCUGUCCACUCUUCAGAUGACUGAUUUCCCAGUUGCAAUCAAACAAGUUCUGCUGUACCUGAAAACAUCGGUGGACAACUUCAGUACGUUUCCCAAAGAGGGCAGUGCGGCUGCCCUGGGUGUCCUUAUGGAGGUUUUGAAGUCGCUGUUGAAUAAGCUGCAGAGCAUCAAGGACAGUGCAGAGCCCUUGGCUGUCGACUCCCAGAGUGAAUCGGACCUCUUUCUCCCCAAGGACAUGGGCUCCGGUGAUCAUGUCAGCAGGGAGAAGGUAGCGCUUACUGUGUUGCGCUCCAUCUUCACACACCCGACCUUGGAGUCCUGGUUCCUAGCUCUAGAACUGGGGACGCUGCCUAACCACAAUCUGGAUCCUAUCAGGCUGAAACGCAUGUGGUCCCAGCUCAGCAAGGGUACCCUGGCGCUGUUGCAGUGCAGUGCGCCUACCCUCAGGGAGUUGGGCUCACUGGAGCUCAUCACGGGCUACCUGCAGGCUAUCCAACAGGCUGUACUGAAGGAGCUGAGCCAGAGCCAAAGGAAGAAGGGCCAGCAGGAAUCGUGGGCGCUCAAAGGGCUUCUUGCCUUGCAUGAGUAUAUGGAUGUGUCCUGUCUGAGGGAAGUGGCAUCUGCCAUGCUGCUCCUCCCAUUGGAGAGGCUGGUGUUAGACAGGGCCGAGGGUACAGAGCUCAGCGUCUAUGGCCGAGCUGUGUUGCAGGUGCUUUCGGAGGGUAUGUCUGGCUGCGACCGUGCCCCACCCUUGUCACAAUCCCAACUGCGUGGUCUGUCCUCGCUCCUGACAUCUCAGCCUGGUGGUGCAGCAGAGGACUUCCUCCUGCAGAUCCUGCAGGCUGAACCAGCCUGCGCGGUACUGCUCCCUGCUGACAUGUUUCUCCACUGCCUGCGUGGUAAGUCCAGGUCCACUGCCAUGGCCAUUGGGGCUAUUAUGCUGCAGAACUGCCCCACACACAGGCUGCAGUUCCAACUCUGGUGUCUUGAGCCCUCUGGCCUGGAGGAAAUGGCGAGCUCAGUGGACUACUUCCUCCCUCUCCUGAAUGCCUACCUGGGGACCACAAGCCUGGAGGACCCAGCUGGGGCCAAAGGAGUGCGAGCAGCUGCUCUGAGGACUUUAAAAGAAGCCUUAUUCCCCAUGUUGACCAACGCCGUGCUCUCUGACGGAGCCCAUGACUCCCUGGCCAGAUGUGUAGAGGCACUCUCUGGCCUGGUCAGGCUGGCAGCAGAGCCUGCUGAUGUACCUCAUCUUGUUGGCAGACUGCCUGAGGUCCUGCAGAGGCUGGACAGCUCUGAAAGGUGGCAACUGGUGGACCCCAUCAUUGACAAACUGUCUGAGUCCCCAGAGCAGCUGGAUUUGUGGAGGAAGGCUGUGCUCAGGGCUGCCUUCCACUGGCUCAACAUAGCCUUCAGGAGCAACAGGCCGCAGGAAUCGGCAUUUGUGGAAGAGGAGGAAGCAAUGCUGCAGAGACUGCAGGGACUGAUGAUUUCUCCUGAACACGUCAGUGUCUUGGACUGGAACGGCUUUGUUAAGUGCGGCCUCAAGUAUCGGUACAGAAGCAAAAUUUUCCUGGACACUUUGAACAGCCUGUUACGUCGAAUAUAUGACACCACCGAAGUCCCCAAAGACCUUAUAGCCUUAUCCACGAUGCACAUGAUGACUACCAACCACUCUCUGUUCCUGCCCUCCAUGCUCGAUCCACGCGACGAGUUGGCUGGAAACCUUUCGUCGAAAGAGGCCCUUGUGUCCCUCCUGCUGACCCUAGUGCAGAUGUGUCCAAGUGUCUGCCAUGUUAACCACUUCUUGGUUCUGCUGGGAGCCUACGGAGCCACCCUGUGUCCCACAGACCAGAAACUGUUGCUGCUGCUGCAGGAGUAUGAGAGAAACGAUCUCAGCCUGGCGGAUUCUCAGUUUCUGCUGUGGGGCCCAGCAGCUGUGGAGCACCACAAGGCCCGGAAGAGUCUAGGGUCAUCCCUAUGGCAGCAGCCCAGUGGCGAAGACCUACUGGCCCUCCUUAACCCCGGCAUGAUGCUGAACACCAUGGCACACUUCCCCCAGCAACGCCGUCUCACUCCCCAGGAGGACAAGGAGCUGCUUUACACAGAUGAAGGAGUCCAGGAUCUUGGGACGCUGUACGACCCCUGCUUUCUGCUUCCUCUCUUCAGUGUGAUGCUCAAGCCAGAGUCAGUGGUCAACUGCUAUAAGUUUGUGUCGAGCCACGCCUUAGGUGUCACAGUGGCAGCUCUGAGCAGCUACGAUCCCAAGGUCAGGGCAGCUGCUUACCAUGUUCUGGGUUCCUUUUACCAUCACCUGGAGGCAGCACGCUUCAAGGAAAAGAGGCAGCUGCUCUACUUGAUGGUUACCGUGCGGAAUGGUAUACGUCAGGAAAAUCUCCGGUUCCCUUUCCUCUUGACGACAUACAUUGGCAAAGUUGCGCAGCAGAUGCUCAGGCCUGAAGAGCACAUGUAUCUGGUCAUGAACAAGUUUCUGCUGGCCCAUCAGUAUCUGGACCUGAAAAGAGUCCCAGGAUUCUUCAGGCUCUUCUUCAGCUCUGAUACAGAGCACAAGACAGAGCGUGAGUGGAUUCUAGCCAUGCUGAAGGAAGGCAUGAUGGACAGACACUGCUAUAAGCUGUGUGACCAGCAAGGCAUCUUCCAGGUCUUGAUGGGCUUUUGUACCAGCCCCCUUUGCGAGGAGUCUACUCAGGCCCAGAUCUUAGAGGUGCUACAUCAGGCUGCCCACAACAGCAAGGCUGCCCAUGAGCUCAUCAAGUUCCAUGGCCUUCUGUCCUGGAUAUUGCAGGCCAUUGAAAGAAGAUGUCUGGACAGCAGGCUGCUGUGUGGGGCACUUGACUUGGUGCACAGGCUAUGGUUCACGGUUCUGGGGCAGAAGAAUCAACCAAGCAAGUGCAGUUCGGUGGAAUCGACCAAGUGUCUGCCACUUCCGCUCAUCAGCGAGUUUCUUUGUGUGCUCACAGCAUUCAUCAGGCACUUACAGUCUGGUGUCAAGUCCCAACAGCUCAGCAGGUUCCUCCAAACCCUGGAUUUGGUCCUGAGCCACCGUAGGAGGGUGCUCAGCUUUUGUCACCAGGCUGGCUGGACCACAGUGCGAGAGCAGGCCUUGUCUUGCAAAAGUGCCUUGAAACUGCUGCACUUCUGGGGCAUACUGUCUCACAAUGGACCACUCCUGGCCACUUUGCAAGGGCUGCUGGGACGGCAUAAGGUGAAGGAACUUCUGGGACCUGUGAAUCAGAAGGGCAGGGCGAAAGGGCACUUUCAGCGAGGUCGCCCCCGCAAGAAGGAACAUCCUGAGGAACCAGCAGGAGAGGGGGAUGGGGAAAAACACAAUGGUCCAAUACUUAGAGACUGUGAGCCCCUGCUCAGAAGCAUUAUCACACAUACGGAGACCACCCCUGAGGGCACUGAUCCUGAGAGCAAUGCCCUUGCCUUUCAGACCAUUCAGUUGCUCCUCAAAUGGACGUUAAGGUCUCUGGCUUCGGGGACCGGCGACGUUUAUAGUGGUUUGUCACCCUUCCUGCAGUGGAUUCAGACCAGUGUUCUUCCAUACCAGGUGGCUGUGAAGGCCAUACUUGCAGAUGAAGCUGUGAAGCAGGACCUCCUCAGGCUAUACCAUCAGACUUGCAAGUACCAGAUUCCUGGCAGGGUCCCAGCCCAAAUAGAGACCCUGCAGUUCUUCACCACUGUAAUGGUACAUCUCCUGGAAGCCCAGGGCAUACCUGAUGGACCCCUACAUAAGACUGUGCUCAACACCUGUUUUUCUUCAGUAGAAGAUGAUGAGUCCAAAAAAGAAGCUGGGCUGCUGCUGUUAUCAUUGUACAUCCAGGAGCUCUGGAGCGGUGCAGAUGAACCAGUGCUGUUCCUGACCCAUGUCAGACUGAUGGACGGAGUUCGGCAAAAGGGACCGAAGAAGCAGAACGCUGCAUGUGCCGCCACAGCAAUGUGUAAAGCCAUCGCUGCAGCUGUGGGCUCUGUAGAUUAAAGAAGGAGGAACUCAUUCAGAAAGUAUAUUUACACAGAGGAAAUGUUUCUAGAACAUAUUUUUUUGGUGUAAAGUGAUCUAGUUCUUAGCAUGUUUACGUUAAAGCAACAUACAUGUCCUAAUUUGGCAUCUUGUGUGUUUGUUCAGAAUGAAAGUAACUAUUUAACGUCUGAAAUUUAAUGUUCCAAAAUGAAUCUUUUACCAUUGAAACUGGACCCGCGUGUGUCUUUUUUUUUUUUUUUUUAAACAUAUUUAAUGGAUUGCAUUUCAUGGUAGCUGGUGCCAAAGCGGCACUAAAAUCAUAAUCUCAUUCUACAAAUGCUCAAUGUAUGGUGAGUGUCCUUUAGUGAAAGCAAUGUAAUGACGGACUUAAAUGAUCCUGUGUGUUGAAAUAUAAUAAUGAAAUUGGUCACUGCAGGGGGUGCUAUUGUCAAAUGUCUGAAAGCUGUUCCCAUGGUAACAAGUGGAGGCAAUUCUAAGAAUAGAGCUAGAAUUCUCAGGUACUUCUUUAGAAGUGAAAAUGAAUCUGCACAUCAGAUCAGUAGGAACACUAAUCAGUUUUGGCAGUGAAAUAAGCGUGUCGAGCUUUACAGUUCAAGUCAUUCAUUUUUUUUUUUUCUUAUCAUCUGCCAUUCAACCAUUUGUAAAACCAGCAUUCAUUUUCAAGUAUAAAUAGUAUGUGAUCCAUAACCGUACAAAACAGCAUACAGUUAAG